AAAUAAACAAGUUUGUCUUUCUAAUUUUUGUAAAACUAAUUACUUGUAGUAGGAUCUCUGUCGUGUCUAUUUACUUGCAGCCAACAGAUCAAUUUCAAACCAUUAGUUGUUUUAAGAAAUUUAUCAGUUGCUCCAGCUUUAUAACCCUUAACAAAAAAAAAGGCCCACAUAGCACCCCCCUCGAAUCGACUACGCAGCCAGCUGCAUUAUAUCAUCAUCUCCAUCAUAAAUCAAAAUCAAACCACACCCUCCAAAUUUUUUUUUUGGCUGUAUAUUUAACUAUAUUGAACUAACUAAAUUAGUUUGUUGUUUAUAAUUCUGAUACUACAUCCAAUAUCAAAAUGAGUAGUCCAAGUGAUUCUUCUCCUCUGGACACAUCGGUGUCACAAUGGAUCGUUACUUUGAUCCCUACCUUAAUUAUUGGUGCCGUUUACCUUAUAGCAUUUAUUGCUGUACGUAAAUUCCAAAAGAGAGUUUAUCAACCUCGUGUUGAAGUUGAAACUGUUCCAAAAGAUUUAAAACCUGACGACUCUCCGAAGGGUGCGUUUGCAUGGUUAACUCAUCUUUUAAAGAAACCUGCAUCAUUUAUUAUUCAAGAAACUGGUGCUGAUGGUUACUUUUUUCUUCGUUUUCUUUUCAGAUUAUUUGCCGUUUUAGCUCUUGGUAUUUUAGUUACUUGGCCAAUUUUAUUUGCUGUCAAUGCCACUGGUGGUAACGGACAAGUUGGUUUCAAUUUGAUUUCUUAUUCCAAUGUUAACAAUAAAUGGAGAUUUUUAGCUCAUAUCUUUGUUUCUUGGAUAUUUUUUGGUUCAAUUAUCUUUUUAAUUUAUCGUGAAAUUGUUUACUAUACUACUUUUAGACAUGUCUUACAAACAACUCCAUUAUAUGAUUCUUUAUUAUCUUCUAGAACUUUGUUAUUAACUGAAAUUCCAAAGAAUUUAUAUGACGAAGAAGAAUUGAGAAAAUUAUUCCCACCUGCAAGAAAUAUCUGGUAUGGUAGAGAUUAUAAGGAUUUACAAAAGGAUGUUAAAGAACGUACUAAAUUAGCCGGUAAAUAUGAAGGUGCUUUAAAUAAAGUGAUUGCAAAAUCAGUUAAAUUAAGAAACAAGCUCCAAAAGAAGAAUAAACCACUUCCUGAACCAGCCAAUGAGUUAAAUAAAUACUUGAAGGAUGGUAAAAAGAGACCAACUCAUAGAUUAAAGUUUUUAAUUGGUAAAAAGGUUGAUACUUUAGACUAUGGUGUAGAGAGAUUAGGUGAAUUAAAUGAAAAGAUUGCAAAGGCUCAAGAAGAACACAAAACAAAUGAACAAGUUCCAGCCGUUUUCCUUGAAUUUCCAACUCAAUUGGAAUUGCAAAAGGCUUAUCAAGCAGUUCCUUAUAAUCCUGAAUUAAAAGGCGUUAAGAGAUUUACUGGUCUUUCACCUGAUGAUGUUAUUUGGGAAAACUUAUCUUUAACAGCAGGAAAGAGAAGAGUUAAGAAGAUUAUUGCUUCAACUAUUUUAACCUUGAUGAUCGUCUUCUGGUGUAUUCCUGUUGCCGUCGUUGGUGCUAUUUCCAACAUUAACUUGUUGACCGAUAAAGUUCACUUUUUAAGAUUCAUCUUAAAAUUACCUAGUUUCUUGAUGGGUCUUAUUACCGGUUUACUUCCUGUUGUUGCUUUGGCUGUUUUGAUGAUGUUUGUUCCAAUCUUUAUUAAAAAGAUGGGAAGUAUCAGUGGAUGUAUUACUGUCCAACAAAUUGAAGGUUAUUGUCAAUCCUGGUUCUAUGCAUUUAUUGUCGUUAAUUCGUUUAUUGUUAUUACUUUGACUUCUGCUGCUGCUUCUUCAGUCACUUCAAUCAUCAAAGAUCCUCCAAGUGCCUUGAGUUUAUUAGCUUCUAGAUUACCAAAGGCCUCAAACUUUUAUGUUUCCUAUUUCUGUUUGGCAGGAUUGGCAGGCCCAUCAUCCAUGCUUCUCCAAGUAGUUGCCUUAAUCUUGGCUCAAUUCUUGGGUAAAAUUUUGGAUUCUACCCCAAGAGCUAAAUGGAACAGAUGGAAUAAUUUAGGUUCUCCAGCUUGGUCAACAACUUACCCAAGUUAUGAACUUUAUGCUGUUAUUGCUUUAUCUUAUGCUAUUAUUGCUCCAGUCAUUAUUGGAUUUGCUUCAGUUACUUUCCUUCUUUUCUAUUUCGCUUUUCUUUAUGUUUUGGUUUAUGUCAAUGCUCCAAACAAGAAUGACGCCAGAGGUAGAAAUUACCCAAGAGCCUUAUUGGAACUUUAUACUGGAUUGUACUUGGCCGAAGUUUGUCUUAUUUGUAUGUUUGUCUUUGGUAAGAAUUGGGUUGCUGUUGCUUUGGAAGCCGUCAUUGGUGCUGUUACACUUGUGUCCCAUCUUUACAUCAAGUACACAUUCUUGCCAUUAUUUGAUAUUGUUCCAAUUUCUGCUAUUAAAUAUGCUUCUGGAGAUACUACAUACACUUACCCAAUUCAUGAUCAAGGUCGUAAAGAAAUUAAGACUGAAGGUAUUAAUUAUUGGGAUGGUGGUAAUGAAUUAGGUGUUGAAGAAUUACCUCCAACAAUCAAAACUGAUCGUCAAGGUUCUGAAACUACUGCUACAGGUGCUGAAUCAUCUAAAGUGGGCGGUGCCGAAUCUGAUGUUUCUGAAAAGCCUCACAGUGAUGAAGAAGUUGUUGAAGGUCACAAGAGUGCUGCCGCAGCAGUUGUUGGGGCUCCAGCCAAGGGUGUUUCUUGGUUAACCAGAUUCUUCCAUCCAAAGAAGGAAACUUUUGAUCUCAUUCGUACCGAUAUGCCUAAUGCUUAUUACAACUAUAUUGAAUACAAUCCAGAAUUCUUGAAGACUGCUUAUGAUGAUCCAGCUGUUACUGAUGAUGAGCCACAUAUUUGGGUUCCUAAAGAUGACUUGGGAUUAUCCACUAUUGAAAAGAAUAAAGCCUUGGAAAAUGGAGUUGAUGUAUCUGAUGAGAAUGCUGGAUUUGAUGAAAAGCAUUCUGUUGAAUAUACUGGACCUCCUCCAUCUUAUGAAGAAGCAUUGAGAGUUUAGACCAACUUUCUAUCUUUUCUUUUACUUUUACUAUAGAAUAUUCUAAAUCAAGAGAGAAAUGAAAGAUUACUGCUUACUUUGUAUAUUAUUUGUUAGUUUUAUUAAUUGCUUCUUGUAUUAUUCUUUUUCUACUUUCCAAUAUCUUGUAAUUGGAUAUUCUUAUUUAUUGUUACAUAAUAUUUUAAUGUUAUUUGUUCGUUCGUACAAUCGUAUAUUCGCUCCCUAUCUAUACUAUGUAAUAAUAGAUGGUUAACAUUAU